UCGGAGUGAAACCGGGUCGCUUCCUCCCGUGACGCACUGCGCGGCACGCGCGUCCCAGCGUGCUCUGCGCCGGGUAUAGAAGGCAGUUUCCCAUGAUCCUCUCGUUCUCUCGCCCUCUGGACUCCUCGGAGCUGCCGGCGCCAUCAUGAAGGUCGAGCUGUGCAGCUUCAGCGGCUACAAGAUCUACCCGGGUCACGGCCGCCGCUACGCCCGCACGGACGGCAAGGUUUUCCAGUUUUUGAAUGCAAAAUGCGAGUCUGCAUUUCUUUCCAAGAGAAACCCCCGUCAGAUCAACUGGACUGUUCUGUACAGGCGCAAACACAAGAAAGGGCAGUCUGAAGAAAUACAAAAGAAGCGCACACGCCGUGCAGUCAAGUUCCAGAGGGCUAUCACUGGUGCAUCUUUGGCUGAAAUAAUGGCCAAGAGAAAUCAGAAGCCUGAAGUGCGAAAGGCCCAGCGGGAACAAGCCAUUAGGGCUGCCAAAGAAGCAAAGAAGGCUAAGCAGGCAACUAAGAAGUCUACACCCUCUACAACAAAGGCUCCCACAAAGGCUGCACCUAAACAAAAGAUUAUGAAGCCAGUGAAAGUUUCUGCUCCUCGUGUUGGUGGAAAGCGCUAACUUGUCAAACAGUAGUUGGUUGCAUUAAAUAAACAUCUGACUGACUUUCA